ACUGUUCAAUCAGUUGCAUUGAAUCUAAGUUAGAUGAAAGUGCUUUCUCGUCUCCUGACACCCUUCCUCGCAAUGCAAAUCCUCGCACCAGCAUUGUGAACGAUUUCUGCCUGCCCACCUGGUUUUGUGGAGGAUUCAAUCCGUUCAUGCCUACCAUAGAAACUCGACGAACAAAGUCGAUUACCGCGUUCGUGGAAAGCCAGCAGCUAGUCUGUUAGGUCAAUCAAGUCUGCAAGACUUUCACUCAGGAGUUAAGGGUGUAAGAAUCUUGCAGCCCACGUUUGGGGAGGCGCGCAUGCCAGCAGAUGCUGCAGGCGGUAGGAAUUCGACGUGCAGCGAAAAAAGAUUUCUAUUGACGACACAACCUCCAAGACGCACCCAAGAUGCUAUUAACAUCCAAGAGCUUCAUUCCGAGUGUAAGAAGGUGAAUAUUGAGCGGAACGGGAAAGUUGAAUUGCGAAUCAAGAGUAAACUAGUGUAGAAAGUCCUUUCAUUUGGUCUAGGUAGCUUUGAAUACAGGUUGACAGCGCGCAAAGAAUCAGUUGCGGCCCGUCGUCGACGCCUGCAGUUCCUUGUAAAGUCGUCAAACGAGGGGCUCGACGUAAGGGCUCGAGAAGAGCAAGUAGUCUUUCGUGCUUAACUUAGUGGUUUAGUUCAGUGCGUGUCGUCAAGCACAUUCGAAUCUCCCAGUCUGUGCUACGUUCAACUCGCACACAGCUCCAGGGCAUGCUUGUACAGAUCCCAGUAGUGUAGAGUUUAGUUUUUGCAAUCAGGUUGUAAAGUUAAUCGAGCAGAUAAAGGUGAUGGGAUACGGGAGCGCGGCGGUAACGCCGUCCAACUCUAACAUCACAGAGCACGAGGAUGCUGUUGAGAUAAAUUCUUCUCUACCUCGAAUGCCGCAAGGCACGAGUCUCGUCAGCGCGCAGUCUGAUCCGUCUGUGUUGUCCAAAGCAUCGAAAGAUCGACGACAUAGGCGACACAACUCUAUGUUCUCCAUCUUCUCAAACAACUCCGUAGAUAAGCAGUGUAGCGUAGACGAGGGUUCGCCAUCCACCACCAAGAGCACUACAAGCCUCAAAAAGACCGCCUCGGCAAGGCUGAAGUGGGACUGGAAGCUCGGGGAUCUGUGGCAGACGCGCUCGGGGAAGCUUACCGAUUCUAGGAAGAGUCUGAGUCCCAUCACGGAUCCCGUGUCUACUCAGCCGGAUUCCCACAUCCAUUCGGGCGAAUCCGUGGCUCUCGAUCGAAUAGGAUCUCGGGAAGGAGGGAGCCUCCACUACACGAGUUUGGGGAUCUUUCAGAGCUCCAAGUUUAGCAGCUCAGACUUCGAAACAAGCGAUCGAAGUGGAUCGUCCCAAUCGGAGGUCGAAGUUUCAAGGAUCCCUCUCGCGAUUCGGUGGCGAGAGAUUCAAGGUUUGAAUAACUGGGAUGGGCUUUUGGAUCCUUUGGAUGAGGAUCUCCGCAGGGAGUUGCUCCGGUAUGGGGAUUUCGCUCAGAUGUGCUAUGACAAUUUUGAGGACAAACAAUGGUCGAAGUACGCGGGGAGCGCGAAAUACUCUAAGCAAAAUGUCUUUGAAAAGCUGCAAAAACCGGAUACGGGCUACCAGGUAACGAGGUACCUGUACGUGACAUGCGAGAAUCCGCUCCCGGGAGUGAUACAAUCUUCUCUGUCCUCGACGAGAUGGGAUGUGCAAUCCAAUUGGAUGGGGUUUGUUGCAGUUGCUGUGGACCCGAAGGAAAUCCAGAGGUUAGGGAGGCGGGAUAUUGUGGUGUCGUGGCGAGGGACGAUGGAGACCAUUGAGUGGUUGGUCGAUGCGCAGAUUCAAUUGGCGCCCAUGACACUUGCGCCGGAUCCACAAGCAGGAUGUGAAGGAAAUUCCAAGCCCGCGAUUCUGAAACCCAAAGUGGAGAAGGGGUUCUGGAGCUUGUACACGUGCAAGCGGUCGUCGUCGCAGUUCAAUCAGAAAAGCGCCUCGGAGCAGGUCAUACGGGAGUUGUCGAGGUUGGUGACACUUUACAAGGGCGAGACGCUGAGCAUCACCAUAACAGGUCACAGUCUCGGAGGAGCACUAGCCAUCCUUACCGCGUACGAAGUCGCGGAGAAGGGAUUGAAUAAGUUGCCAAGCCAAAAUGGUAAUGAUUCGGAGAUCAUUCCCGUCACGGUAUUCUCAUUCGGCAGUCCCCGCAUUGGCGACGCUAUCUUCAAAAAGAGGUUCGAGGAGCUUGACCUGAAGGCGCUCAGGGUUGUGAAUGUUCACGACGUGGUGCCAAAGGCCAUUGGUGGAAUUCACCCUCCGUGGAGCGACGCUUACCGACAUGUAGGCGUGGAGUUACAAGUGAAUCACAAGCUGUCGACAUAUAUGAAGCGGACUAGGGAUCCCGUUGACUGGCACAGCUUGGAGGGUUACUUGCACCACAUUGAUGGCCACCAGGGGUCCAAGUCGAAAGAGUUUAAGCUCAUGACAGGGCGGGACUAUGCCCUGCUCAACAAAUAUUCGGAUAUCCUGAAAAAAGAGUAUUGUAUUCCAGGGCACUGGUGGCAGUCUGAAAACAUGGGUUUGGUGUUGUCAAGUGAGGGGAAGUGGAUUGAGCCUGAUCGACCUCUAGAAGAUUUGCCGUCUCUUGAUAACCGAGAGGGGUUUGUGUGAUAAUUUAGGAAUACCAAAGGUGAAAAAUACUUUGGAAAGUAUCGAAAAAAAGAAAUAUUAACGAUAUACUUAUAGAAUAGAUUUUCAAUUUGAAUACGCAACUGAUUUAAUUGAAUAAAAAUUAGUUAGAUAUA